AUGUACAAAACAUCAAUUCCCCUUGAUAUUGAUUCACCGCCAAAAAACUUGCCACUUGAAUCAUAUAAACUGAAGUAUCAACCAAUCAGCACUUUAGGAAAUGGCAGCUUUGGAACAGUGGAUUUGGUAAAGUUUAAAUUCCACAAGUUUCACUUGUUGAAGUAUCAUGAUGAUAAAAAGGGCACCUUGUUGUAUCCUUUAGAAGAUUCCAAGUAUAAUUUGUCUAAUCUUGUUGCAAUCAAAACAAUGAAAAAGAGACUACCAUUGCUUCACGACUACAAAAAUGUUAAAGAAGUCAAGUUCAUAUUAUCAGUCCAGUCCCAUCCAUGUCUUGUACAGAUUUAUGAAAUGUUUAUUGAUGAUGUUAGAUACCAGCUUCAUAUUUCCAUGGAGGCUUUGAAUCAAAAUUUGUACCAGUUGAUUAGAAGUAGAAGAAACAUCCAGUUUUCUUCGCCAACUUUGAAAAGCAUCCUAAGUCAAUUACUUUGUGGCAUUAAACAUAUUCACAAGUUUAACUACUUUCAUCGUGAUAUCAAGCCUGAAAAUAUCCUCAUCAUUUCAACCCAACAGUUUUAUGGCUCCAAAGAAGGUAUUCCCCCUUAUAGAAAAAAUGAUAAUUUUAUUGUCAAGUUAGCCGACUAUGGCUUAGCCAGACAUGUUACCAAUCUAAAACCUUAUACUGCAUAUGUUUCCACGAGAUGGUAUAGAUCUCCCGAAAUCUUACUAAGACAAAAAUCAUACUCGCAACCACUUGAUAUUUGGGCGUUUGGCGCUGUUGCUGCUGAAAUUGCGAAUUUUACCCCAUUGUUUCCCGGUAGUAACGAACUAGAACAGAUUUGGAAAAUUCUUCGAGUUCUUGGCUCACCAUUAGUACCUGAAACGUCCAAUAACAAAUACGUGAUUCCUCUUGGCGGCUACUGGAAAGAUGCGCAAAUGUUGGCACACAAUCUCGGAUUUGUUUUUCCGGAGGAAACCGGAUUAACUAUUGAUGAAGUCAUUCAUAAUCCUAAUUUGGGACAGUUGGCUGAAGUUAUUCAACUGUGUCUCUUAUGGGAUCCAAAUCUUAGACCUACUGCAGUUGAAGUCAGUAGGAUGGCUUAUUUUAAAGAAAGUGUCAGUUUACUAGAUAGAUAUUUUGAUAACGAUAUCCCCAUCCAAGUCACAUUGAAUAAAUUUUCAGGAAUACCAUCAAACCCCGGAGUAUCUUCCAAUUAUACAACAGCAUUUAAUGACAUGACAACAGAUACCGUAGGAUCAUCCACCAAAAAAAUCCUUACACCAACCCAGACAAAACGGUCAUCUAACCGAAAGAAUGUAAUUCAUAGUGACUGUGAUUUUACGAAAUUUUAUGAUGACCCUAAUGCAACAGGUGAGGAAAAUUAUUUUUCGGGUUAUGUUGCAGAAUCUGACAAGAUACAGCCCAGUUCUGGAAAUACAAAUGACAUUUAUAAUAUAUGUCAUGCGUGGAUGAAUAAAGAAAAUAAGGUUAAUAUUUCUUCGCCUGCAUCGGAUAAAGAGCCUCGGAUUGAAUACAAAACUUCGGUUGUCCCUAAUAAACCAUCGUUUACUAGAUUUUCCCUAGAAAGUGAGGAGGUGAUGAACCUUUGA